GUCAAAUCGUCAGAUUUACAUGAGAAUAUUCAUUUAAUGUGCAUUGUGUCCUAAUCGUCCUAAUUACUUUAAACGUUGUCAAAUCUGUUAAUAAUUAAUGCAAUUAUUGUAAAAACUGUUUAAAUUUUUGGAAUAAAAUGGCAGAUGAUAAUUCUUGGAAAACUCCCAGCUUUCGACAGAGUGUCGUUAACAAAAUUAAUGAAGCCAUCCAACAAUCCGGGAUGACUUCCAGUAAAAAUGCACUCGAAAUGGAGAAUCAUGUUUUUACUAAGGCCCGAAACAAGGACGAGUAUCUUGGUUACGUGGCUCGACUUAUUUUACACGUCCGAGAGAUGAAUUCCAAGAAUAAGAACCAGCAAAGUGCUGCCAACACUAAUCAAGACGGUGGUAACCCUGGUCAGCAGGGUGGAAUGCCUGAUCCUAUCAAUGCUCUGCAAACACUGGCUUCCCAAGGAACGCGACCACAGAUGAUGGGUGGACAGAUGGGACCAGGUGGUCCAAUGGGGGGUCAGAUGGGUGGCGGAAAUGCUUCAAAUUUGCUACAGACUCUUAAUCGUCCCCAGAUGCCCAUGACGGGAGGAAUGGCUGCAAUGCAGGGAGGCAACCGUGUCGGGGCAAUGGGAGGGCCAAAUCAAAUUGGUGGAAUGAUGCCUGGACAGCUACAACCCGGUCAGCCGGGAAUGCCCAAUCAAAUGGGUGGCGUAAUGGGACCAGGGGGAAUGAGCGGUGGUAAGAUUGUCGGUAUGGGAAACCAAGCCCAGAUGGGUCAAAUGAAUCCGAUGCAAAUGCAAGGACAAAUGACAGGUGCCGGAAUGCAACAAAGUCAGCAGCAAGCUCAACAACAGCAAGGCGCACUAGGAGGACCAAACCAAAUGAAUCCAAUGAGCGGUGUAGGGGGUAUGCAAGUCAACCCCGGUGGGCAAAUGAAUCAAAAUGCAUUGAAUCAACAACUGAAUUCAGCGGGCAUGAAUCAAGCUACAGGACAAAUGGGCCAGAUGGGUGGUAACAGCCCUAUGGAUCCAGGAAACAUGGGCAUCGGCCCAAAUCAAGUCUUGCGGCAGCAAAUGCCUCCAGGAAUGAAUCCGAAUCAGCAACAAAUGGGAAUGGGUGGAGGUCAAAUGAAUCAAGGAGCUGGCGGUCCUGGAGGAAACCUUGGCCAAAUUCAGCAGCAAGUAGUUUCCCAACAACAGGCACAGGGUGGAAUUGGUGGCAUGGGUCCGGGUGCGCCGAGCAACUUACAACAGCAAGGUAAUCAGCAACAACAAUCACAAGGAGUGCAGAAUGUUGGUCCUGGACAGAUGAAUGCUGGUGGAAUGGGACCGGGUGGGAAUAUGCCAGGAAAUCAAAUGGGUGCACAAGGUAAUUUCGUUCCUAUCGGAGCAAAUCCUAUGGUACGAAAGCCUCAGGAUAUGAUGAGUGGCGGACAGGUGUAUCCCGGUGGAACAGUACGUAGUGUAACUCCGAAUCAGUUUUUACGACAAUCACCUUCUCCAUCAGUUCCAUCGCCUGUUGGACCGGGUUCUAUGGGUCCACAGUCUCAUCCAGGCCAAAUGAUUCCUAGUCCGGCACUGAUCCCGUCUCCCAGUCCACAAAUGGGAAGUGUUCCGCCGAGAAACAUUGGUCAAUCUCCUGGAUCGAGCUUGAAUACUCCCGGGCAGCCUGGCGGGGCUGCUCCCAGUCCCUUGAAUCCACAGGAAGAGCAACUUUAUCGAGAAAAGUAUCGAUCCUUAACAAAGUAUAUUGAACCGUUGAAGCGUAUGAUUGCUAGAAUGGAGAACGACGACGUUGACAAAAUCGGAAAAUUGAAACGGCUGUUGGAAAUUUUAUGCAACCCGACACGUCGUAUACCUCUAGAAACGCUUUACAAAUGCGAAGCUGCUCUUACCAGCCAACUCGGCUCUAUUCGCGAAACUUCGCUUAACAAUCCACUAGUGGAAGCAGUUUCUGCCAACCUUCAAAGCCCACUCGGGAAUCAUACGCUACAACGUACAUUUCGUCCAUGUCUGGAAGCUUUGUUUGGGCCCGACAUUAAAAAUCUACCAACUCCAGCAAAACAACCACGCUUGAAUGUAGAGGAACCACUCACCAUUUGUUCCGGUGGUUCGCAAGAAAUUCCCCACAUUCUACAAGGUGAAAUUGCACGUUUAGAUCAAAAGUUCAAGGUUUCCCUGGACCAAUGCGCCGUCAGUGGAACUAAAACUAUCAAACUUAUCUGUUGGCUAGAUGACAAACACUUGCCGUGCGUCCCUCCGGUUGCCGUUACCAUACCCGAGGAGUACCCGUUUACUUCUCCAAGCUGCACGCUGAUCGAACAGGAGUACAAUGCAACACCGUUUCUAAUCCAGGUGCAGAAGUCGUUCCUGGCUAGAAUCUGUAAGCUGCCGGAGAUGUUCUCGCUGUCGCACCUGUUGGACACAUGGGAAAUGUCAGUACGCCAGGCAUGCUCACCCAAUCCGAGCCUGGUGGCCCCUAGUGCUACCAGCGUGCUACUCGGAAUGUAAUAUGAUGAUGUUUAACCUUUUUGAACGUUUCAUACAGAUUUGGUCAUCCGAUUCACAGAUUAGCAUGCAUUUUCAUAUCAUUAUAUAAA